ACUUAGCCUCGCCCCUCUGCACCAUAAUUGCCGCCACCACCCCAGCCCGGCCGCCACCUGCCUGGGGAGACACGGCCACCCGACCCUGCCCAGAGCACCCACUCCUUCGCGACCACCAUGUCCCAGACCAGAACGCUGAAGGUCCGCCUGACGCUCUUCUGCAUCCUGGUGGGCAUCGUGCUGGCCACGGUGGCCGUGGUGACCGACCACUGGGCCGUGCUGAGCCCCCAGGUGGAGCACCACAGCGCCGUCUGCGAGGCAGCCCACUUCGGCCUCUGGCGGAUUUGCACCAAGAGUAUCAUCGUGAGCGGCAGCAAGGACAAGAGCUGCGGACCCAUCACCCUGCCUGGGGAGAAAAACUGUUCCUACUUCCGGCAUUUCAACCCAGGCGAGAGCUCAGAGAUCUUUGAAUUCACCACUCAGAAAGAGUACAGCAUCUCGGCCGCCGCCAUCGCCAUCUUCAGCCUCGUCUUCAUCAUCAUGGGAACCAUCUGCGUGCUCCUGUCCUUCACCAAGAAGCGGGACUACCUGCUGAGGCCGGCCUCCAUGUUCUACGCCUUUGCAGGUCUCUGCAUCUUCGUCUCGGUGGAGGUCCUGCGGCAGUCGGUGAAGCGCAUGAUCGACAGUGAGGACACGGUCUGGAUCGAGUACUAUUACUCCUGGUCCUUCGCCUGCGCCUGCUCCGCCUUCGUCCUCCUCUUCCUGGGCGGCCUGGCCCUGCUGCUCUUCUCCCUGCCUCGCAUGCCCCAGAACCCCUGGGAGUCCUGCAUGGACUCGGAGCCCGAGCACUAGCCCUCCUGGGGUCCCAGCGACUCUCAGGGCUUUCCCCCCAGGAAGCCCAGCCCAGAACAUUCUAGAAAGGAGGCGGGAGCAUCACAUCUCUCCUGUUCCCACCUGACCCACACUGCGGCAGCGGCUUCCCCUCCCCUGGCGCCUCUCUGGGCUGCGACAGGCGCCUGGGGAAUCCGGCAAGUGGACACGAUCCAGACCUGCCCUCGGUGGGAAGAAGGGGGGUACAGCAGGUGCACAGGUGUCUGCAAAGGCCCGACCUCCCGCUGGAGCUCAUAGUCGUCCCCACGGCGCCAGCUGUCUGAUAGGCUGGCUCACGUUGUCCUGUGAGCCUUAUCAGGGACGCCCUGUGCUCAUUACCAGCUCGGGGUGUCCUCCAGGGCAAGCAGCCAGCCCCUCGGUCCUUGGCGACAAGACGCACUGUGUUUGGUGAGCUGAACCCGACCUCAUCUUCUCUGAGGCCGGAGAAGCAUCUUUAACUGGGUAUUUUCUGACUGUGGUUUGAAAUAAAAGUUCUUUGAAAA